AUGUAUAGUGAGUUGGAGUCACGCAAGAUAGAGAAAAUAAAGGAGCAAAGCCUUGAUGUUGAUGGUGAUAGAGAGUUGUCAAAGCUAAAUAGCAUUGAUAUAGACCAGACAGUUAUUAAGUGUGUUGAUUUGGAUCUUGGAGAAAACCAGAAAGUGUACAUGGAAAUGCUAAACAUUGAAGAUGAACUUAUAGAGCAUCUCGAUGUUGGCAAGAUGGACUCAGAUAGAGACCUUAAGGAAAAGCUUAUUAAACAGAAGAUUAAUGAGCUUGGUGUUAAAAUGGAUGAAAUAACAAGGAAAAUAAAAGAAGUUAAAGAUCAAGCUAUUGAUUGUCAAACUAAAGCAGAAAAAAUUAAUCAAAAGAUAUACCAAGAUCAUAUUAAUGGCAGCACUUUCAAGAAGCUGAGUUCUAACUAUGACAAACUUCAAAAUGAGAUCAAAAGUUAUGCAUCAGACAAAGAGUAUCAAAGCCUAAAGAAACAAAAGAUACCUAAAGACAAAUUAAAGAAAUUAGAAGCAACUUUUAAAGAAAUUCAGAAUAAAGUAGAUUCGUUGACCUCCAAUCUCAAAGAGUUGGAUACUUCAAAGAGUAAAGUGGCUACUAAGUUCCACCCUCCUCUACUAGAUACAAAAUCUUUACUAUCUAAUGCUUCCAAAAAUGAAGAAACCAAGUAUGAAGAAUCCAAAGCUCCUUUACUCGAAGAAGAACAUUGAGUGGUUAACAAAGCUCUGAUUGAGAAAUCAAUCAAGAAGAUCGGUAGCCAAUGCGAUAACCUAGUCAAAGAAAAUAACAAAGGCGAGAAGCAAGGACCAGAAUAUGAAGAAGAGAAGACAUUGAAGAGCAAAUGGGAUGACUCUGCUUCACCCAGCACACCAGCUAAAGAUUUAGCUGGCGUGCUGGAGAAUCUGGAAAAAGCAGAUCUUGGCCACAUUCAAAGUCUCGUUCAGAUAUACCUAUCAAAUACUAUACUUCACGGUGUUAUUCAGGAAGAGAUUAAUUAUAGAGAAAGAAAAAGCCAACAAAGUUAUACUUUUAAUGGUAAAAAGAAAAGAGCCGAGCAUAAAAAGAGAAUGGAAAAAUUGAUACUAGUAAAACAAAACCGAGUUGGUGAUGCUCAAACAUGUCAGGCAGAAAUUUUUGGAAAAUUAAGGGUUUUAAAUAAUAUGUUCAUUGCAUACAAUAUGUCAAAAACUACUGCCUCAAAGGCGGUUUUAAAUCUUAUUGAAACAAACAAGAUUGACAAAAAUUUAAUUAAGACUUUAAACGAUAAUUGGAAAGGUUUCCAAGAUUUGAAAUCAAAAAUUGCUGAAUCCUUAAUAACUAAAGAAGUUCCGAUAUCUUAUUCUCAGGAGUCUCAUCCAAUAAUGAAACCUAAAGUUUCUCCACCUUCAUCAACCGAAUCUUCGAAGUUCCUUAACGGAACUUCCACAAAAACUGAAGGAGCUAAAAAUUUGGAGUCCAUAUCUAAAAUAAGAACAGAACUUAAUUUCAUCAGCAGAGAAUUAUCUCAAUGUGCCACUUCUCAUGCCAGCGGUGGAUCUCGAACCGACCGAGCAAAAUCAAAAGAAAAGCAUGUCGAAAUUCAAAAUACUUCAGAUAUUAAAGCCAUAUUUAAGAAAUUAAAGAAACAAAUAAAGGAUCAUAAUAUUGAUGUCAAGAAUCAAUGGGAGGAGCAUGAUAAGCACUAUCAAUCACUUUUAAUCAGUCUUUGAGAUUCAACAGAAAAAAUAAAGCAAGAACUUUCUGAUUUUAUUAAAGGGUUUGAAGAUUUAUCUUGAGAUAAAAAUAAAAAAGAAAAAGGAAAAGACAAAAAUAAGUUAAAAAAUAUUGAAAAAUUUGAAGAACUACAAGGAAAAAUAAUAAAAAUAAACUCAGAAAUCAAUGAUUCCAAAGCUAAAUUCACCAAACAAAAGUACCAUGCUUUCUGUAAAUUAGAAUCAACUGUAAAAGUAGCGAAAGUAAAAUCAAUAAUACUUGAGUCAAUUAAAAGCAAAAUUAAAAGGCAAUUAACGACCUGAGAAACUGAAUUAUCCAAAAUAAACAAUUAUGAAGAUGAAUCAUCGAAUAAAGUUACUUACAAAAAUUGGGAUAUUGAGUUUAAGAAAUUGUCAAAACUAAAUAAUGAGAAGACAAGUGCUGUAGUUAUUCCGUUUAAUGAACAACUCAGAAUAGAAAAUCUUCCUGAGAAUCUUAAGAAAAUUGCUAACAAAGCUGGGGAUGAACUUACAGAUGCUUGCAAACAUUAUAAGAAUGCACACUUUAGACUUCGAACAGGACUCGCGACUCUAUUUCCAGGUGGAAACCUAAAUAUCAAUAAAAUUAUUGCAGCUGUUGGGCCAAUCUGUCUUAAUGAAAGCAUGGAGGCCUUAAUGAAGAAGACAGUAUAUUCUAUCCUAGAUUUGAUGCUUGAUUACAACUUCAAAUCAAUCUUGAUUCCUUCUUUCUCAACAAAGGAUGCAGAAAUACCUGAAGGACUUUAUCUUAGAGCAAUGGUUGAGGCUAUUAAGAAAUUUAUUGAUGAUAAUUCAGAGGAGGAGAAGGGUAGAAUAGUCAUCAUCCUGAAAUCAGAAGACAUUAUAGUUAAAGGAUCAGAAUUAAAUAAGAUUGUUGAAAAUUUCAAAGAAUAUAAAUUUCCUUCAAAGAUAAAAGAGGAAGAACAAAAUAAGCUAUCUGAAACAGAUAAGCUCAAAGAGCCGCAACACUUAAUUAAAUUGGAAGAGUAUGAAGAGACUAAAGAUGAAAGGAUCAAUUCAAAUCAAAGAAGCAUAAAAUCUUUAGGGGAAGAUACAAAAGACAAUUCAGUCGUCCCAGUAUCUGAAGAAGAGCAAAAUGAGGAAUGCAAAAAUGAGAAAGCAAUAAACUCUGAUAUGUCUAGAAUUCGUAGUAAAUCUUCUGAAAAAGAGAAGAAAGACAUAGAAACUAAAGAUUCAAACGAGAGUGAAUGAAAGACUUAUAGACCUCAUAAUAUAAGAAAGCUACUGAAGAAGAAUGAUGAAGACUACUCAAGCUCCGAUGAUGGAAUGCUUUAA